AUGCCGCCAACUUCACUCUCUGAUGGGUCGCGCCUAAUGGUCGGAGACGACCUAGAGAAUAUAGAGAUGAUGAACGGCAUGAUUGGCCUAUUGCGGUCAGACAUUAGCGUGGGGGAAAGCGUGAGAGGCAGUAUGGGCGGCGGAGUGUGGGCGGUGUGGGCGGUGAUGGCGACAUCAAUCACCCACGUGACGGGCCAAUUUCUCAUCAACCUGGAUGCAGAGUCAGACACCGCAGACGCCCGCGCGCUGAGGAGGAACACCGCUGCCGCAGACGCUGCCAACGGUUUCCUGGCGGACACUCCCAAGUCAGACCAGGAGGGCGCUGCUGCUCUCCUGUCCAGGCGGCCUGUAGGCCCUAGUGACACCCCUGUGGUCAAGCCCCACUAUCCUCCUGAGGGACCCGCAGGUGAAGACAUCCCGGGGGUGAUGACCCAGUACUCUCUGCCUCCUGACGGCGGCGCUGAAGGCCACAGGGUAAUGGCGCCGCAGUUUGCAUUCCCCAAGGGUGUGCCUGUCGACCUGAACGACACUUCAGGUAAUACUGGAGUCGACGCCCCGGUUUCGCGCUCCCAGGUGACAGGAAAGACCACAACUGACGAGGGAAGUGUCCCCAGCACCUCGGUGUUACCUACAGCAGUGGCUGAUGGCGACACACACACCCUCACUCGUCGUCCCAAAGACACCACCGUGACUGACGAAGGCGACGACGUGGCCUCAGAAGAAGCGGUUGGGGGUUCUCAAGGGCCUUCUGCCGAGUCUCCUACACAGGGUACCAACGAUUUCCGCCUCCUGAAGCCCGCCUCGACACUGGAGAUGAUGGUCAUGUCCAAGUUUGGUACGAAAAGAGGAGCCUCUCAAGAGAACUGGACGUCGCCUGACCCGGAGGAGGACUCGACACAGAGGAUCAACUCUCUCUCUUACUACGAGGACGACCUCGACCACCAGAACUACGACGAUUAUUACUGGGACCAUCAGGGCGACGUAGCCCACUCCAACACAGAGAGCAGACUAGCGGGCGAUGGGGAGGCGGGGAAGGCCUCUGAAGAGCCAGCUGGCUCCAACUCCCCUCCAGAGAGUCGGUAUCCGGCCACACCACAACGGCCUCAGCAGUAUUCCGGUCAGCAACCCAGACCAGAUUAUCAAGAUUACCAGAGAUACCUGUCAACAACACAGCAGCAGCAGCAGCAGCAGCACGCUCUGCUGCGGAGACACCCUCAGCACUACCCCCCACAUCAGCAACCUCACCUCUACUCUCAGCAGACUCUGCAUUUAGCCCGACAGGCUCAGCCUCUGACUCAGCAGAAUCUGCACUCAACCCAGCGUCUGACUCAGCCUUCAACCCAGCGUCUGACUCAGCCUUCGGGCCAGCGUCUGACCCAGCCUUCGGGCCAGCGUCUGACCCAGCCUUCGGCCCAGCAGUCCCAGUACCUGGCCCAGCAGCUGUACCGCCUCACACACCACCCGCAGGCGCAUCACAUCGUGCAGCAGCUUGUCCAAGAAGAUCCGGAGAUGCAGACGUUCAUGAAGCAACUGCUGCAACAGCACGCUCCCACGAGGGACAUGCCAUACCUUCAGCAACAAAGCUUCCCCCAGCAGCAGAGUCUUCUGAAUCAGCAGAGUUUUUCGCAGCAGCUACAGAAUAUUCGUCAGCAACAGUCUUAUCCACAGCACCAAUUGAGUCUUCCACAGCAGCCGAAUCACCCACAGCAGCUGAAUCACCCACAGCAACAGAACCUCCCCCAACAGCUGAAUCACCCACAGCAACAGAACCUCCCCCAACAGCUGAAUCAUCCACAGCAACAGAACCUCCCCCAACAGCUGAAUCAUCCACAGCAACAGAACCUCCCCCAACAGCUGAAUCACCAACAGCAACAGAACCUCCCCCAACAGCUGAAUCACCAACAGCAACAGAACCUCCCCCAACAGCUGAAUCACCCACAGCAACAAGGUCUCCUGGAGCGUCCACAAGACAAGUCUCCAGAGCAGUUCUUCCAGCUUCCCCCGGCCACCCACCACCACCACAAGAACCAGGUCGACACCUUCAACAUCGUCAUCACCAAGAACCUGACGGGCGGACAGUCUCAACCCUCCAUCCAAUUCCUCUCAGACGCCACGGUGGACGCCAUGCUGCUCAAUACCAGCAUCGACUCCGUCACCAACGUCAAGGAUCUGAAGGGCGUCGUCCGUAACGCCGUCACCCACGCUCUCGCUUCCCGCCCUGUGGCCAUCCAAGAAGCCCUGGCUCAGGUGGUGGAGAGCCCGGGCCACGAGCCAACAGUGAAUGUGGUCAACUCAACCAUCCCGGACCUGGGAGAGCUGGAGGCCACCAUCAACAACCUGCUGGGGUCCAGCGUGGUGUACAACGAGACCGGUAAAGCCAACACGGUCGUCGGCUACAUCCCCCACCCGAAGGGCUCCGUCGUCAACAGGCUCCUCAACAACACCAUUGGUGUCGAUAAUGUCAACAUCAACUCCACUUCCAAGACCAAUGUUGUCAAUAUUUUCAUUAUCAACAUCAUCGGGGGAGUGAGUGGGGUCGGUGAUGAUGCUGGUCGGCCUCCGGCCUCCCUGCCACAGAUGGUUUCAGGUCAGGUUACCAAUAUCAAGAGGCCACUAUCGUCAGCGCCUUCUUCGCUAGGUCCAUCCGAACCUUCAUUAAUCUCCACGUCAGCUAGCAGCGAGACUUCUGAAGUGGAUUCUGAACUUGUUAAUGGAUUUAACGCGCCAAUGCCGCGACCACAGGGACAGCUGCCUCUCAAACCUCCUAAAGUUGGCUUCCCUACGAUACCAUUACAUUCUCCAUUUCCAACACCUGAAUCAACAUCUACUUCACUUAUUUCUCAUUUAGGGGUAUCCCCAGGACCUCCAUCACCUCCGCCAGUGGUGUCAAUACCUUCCACUCCUGUUCCCGUGACGGGAGAGCGUCCCGGCGCCAUUACGAGUUCUCAUCCUGCCAAUCCUGAUGGAAUCCUCCUCAACAAUAAUCAGGUUCUUAACCUCCUACCAGAGUUCAUCCGAGCUACCACCAUUCCACCAGUCGUGCCCCUCUACAACAUUUCAUUACACCAAAUAUUGGGCAAGAAACCUUCUGUUCUUGGUCUUCUGCCUAACAGAGUCUUCGAGAUUAUCAGGCCUCACAUAGAGCCUUCAGAUAACAGCACCUAUGGCGGCCUCAUCCGUAAGGUAGCUGUGGGUAACCUGACCAGCUACUUCCCUCCCAAUUCUCCACCAGAACUUGAACUCGAUGGCGUAAGGUCGGAGAUCAACAAACUAACUCCUCCACACGCCCUGUACCAGUACCCAACACGCUUCCCUCCCCCCGACCCCAUACCUAGUAAUCCUUUCCCCUUCCAAUAUAACUAUCCUACGCGUUACUCCGUCGAGUCCUCAAAUCGACGGCGCCCAGUCCUCUACUCAUCGAACCCAAACAUCCCAGUAAUGCCUGCAAAUGUGUUGGCUCGCAGCCCGAAUCCUCAGCGAAGCCCCUUGCCCGUCCAGAACCCCACGCAGGACACCUCUAACGUCAACAAGCAGCAACAGGGCCAACAUGAGGUCAACCUUCUCACUAUCACAGGGAACAACAAUAAAAAUAACAGUCAGGAAUCUAUUGCUCGAAGUUCCUCUGGUUCAACUGAACCGGUGGCAGAAGAACAGGUAACAUUUCCAGAGCCUGCAAGGGAAGAAUCAGCCAGUAAACCAAAAAGCAACACGAAAACCAAUAAGAAAAAGGAGAAAAACACAUCCCCAUCCAUCAAGGACAUGGCUGCAGACGUUGUGGCCUCUGCAGGGAGCCAGAUGGAUAACUUGAUGAAGGCCGUCGCCAUUGGAGCCUUGCCAAGUGGGAUCGCCUUUGCUUCCGCCCUCUGGCCGUACUGGGCACCUCUGGUCCUCGGAAGAAGGCGCCGACGCGACCUAAGUCCCCACGAAGAGGAUAUUUCGCGGGCUACAAUCUCUCAGGACUGGCUCAGCAUCCUGACAGGAAUGAAAUACAAGGGAGCCGGGACUGAAUUCCCUGCAGCCUGGGACAGGAGGAAGAACAGGCCUUCCUUCAAGAAGCAGAAUGCCUCUUCCAUAUCUCGCCCAGCGUCAACACAAGAAUCAGCAUUUCCUAGGGAAGGUUCAAUAGCUAUUAAAGAAUCACUACAAACAGACAGCAACAAGAUGAAGAGCGAGUUAAAACGAGUUCAAACGAAUUCAGAAUCUGAGUCCAACGAACCUUCAUCUCUGAAUCCUGAUACAGACACCGAAGACAUUAUAAGAACCACAGAGAAAGCCACAACAGUGAAGCGCUCCAGCCCUAUGAAUUCCAUCAUAUCAACGACUGAAGCCAAUUUAAACAACUCAAUUGCCCACAUGAUGUCGUCAUUGACCUCUGGGAGUGUGGAGCCUGUAGUGUACCCAGUCCUCGUCGACACCACCACCACCACCACCACAGAGAACAAGCAAGAUGACUCUCCAGCAGAUGUGGCUCUCGUCUCUAAUUUCCUCUAUUCUGCUCUUAAUGACUGGACAAAUGGGGAAAAUCCUCUAGUGUCUGAGAAUAUUCUCCUGGAGCCUGAAGACGACCUGCCGCCACCUUCCGCUGACAGCUACAUGGACAUCGAACUGAACACGGAUCCUCCCAGGGAAAGAAUUAAUAUAACAAAUAGCCCAAUAUUUAUCUUAAGAGUAACACCCAAUAGAAUCGAUUCCACUACUUCUCAGUCUAUUCCUGAACGACCCACCACUAUUCUCACACGUUUUCCCGCCAGAACGACCUCGGGUACAACCGCGUCGCCACCUGACCAGACAGUGGGUAGUGUAGGUAGCGAGAAGUAUCCUGACCUGUUCCUGAAUACCAUUACCCUUCUCUCACAGCCCCCUGACCAGAAUAGUUUGGGCAUCUCUCUGCUGCCAGAAUGGUUCGGUAGACCUUCAACUACAUCCACAUCUGUUACGACUUCAAAUUCAAUGGCAACGACAAGGAGGCCAUUCACGACGACCACCGUAUCAAGAGAGCCAGCAAGGACGACGACUCCUUCAACGAUGACAUCGUUCUGGACGACGACGCCGUGGAGAAAAACGGUUCCACAAAGAAGAAUAACUACUCCAACACCAAGCACCUCACGACAACCACCAACGACUACCCCACCACCACCAACAACAACGACCAGUAAAAUGAUAAGUACCUCACCAGCAACAACCCAACCACCACCACCAACUAUCUCAUCAACAACCGCACCUCCACCACUAAAAUCAUCCACGCAAACACCUACAACAACCACCACGUCACCAACAACAACAACCACGUCACCAACAACAACAACCACCUCACCUACGACCACCACCACUUCAACAACCACCACCGCCACCACCUCACCAACAACCACAACCACCACCACCACACCAACAACAACAUUUACACCUGAUUCACCUGCAGCUCUAAGAACCGCCGCCCCUGCAACCCCGACACCCACAACCACCACAACCACCACCACCACAACCACUACCACGCAGCCUCCGGGUUUCUUCGACUCGAUCUCUUCGGUCAUCGACGCCUCUGACCAUCAGCUGCGCAAUGCCGUUGGCUUCGUGGGGUCCGUAGCCGUGUACGGGGCCGCCGCUCUCCUACCGCUCUGGCUCCCAAUCGUCCUGGGCAAGAGACGAAGACGAAAUCUGCUGGAGGAGGAGGAAGAUGAACUUCAAGAGAUCCUCGGCGCCGUAAAGAUGACCCAUCGCGCUCCUUCGGUAGCUCGCGCGCCUACCAAAAGUGUAACAAGAACCAAGAAAUCCAGAAGGCGGGAACGUCAGUCUCCUGGUGGCGAAUCCGACGGUAAGACCUUGGAGCUCUACAAGCAGUUUCCUUCCUUAAAGAAACUUGCUGUCUACUUGAAGAAGGAUUUACAAAAUCGGGAAAAAGGUAAAUGAGAAAAAUGCGAGUGUGAAUAUCCAAUAUUCUGAAGCGUUUUGACGAGCUCAAACAAAAAAUAGUAAUAUGCAUUUUAUAACUGAACAAAAAUCUACUCAGUAAAUAUACAAAACUGCAGCAUAAUACGCGAACUUCAUUGUAAUUGAUAAGUAACUUAUUGUACCAUAUGUGUUAGUAUUGAAUAGUCUGAUUAAUAGGUAGUGAUCUCUUGGAAAACUUACACUAUGAAAAGAUAGAAAGUAAUUAGUUCCUAGGGAAAGAUACAGAGUAAUUAGUUCCUAGAGCACUUAUGAAAGGACAUUAUUCUUUAGACACUUUUACAUUAUAAAACCAUUUAAAGGUGAGAAGACUUUUAUUGUAACUAUAGAAAUGUAUUAUUAGAUUUUGAUUAAGGUGUCUCUUAAUUCUUAAUUUAUUUAAUUGGUGUAUAAGUUAACAAACGUAAUCACAUAGAAACGAGUUCGUUCCACAUAGGACAUGAACUCUUUCCUGCUGGAACCCCUCAUAUUUAUCCCCCCAAAGUUGUUGCUGUUGUUAUAGAUUCAGCUACUCGAAACAAAAGUUCCAAGUAGCACGGGCUAUGGCGAGCCCGUAGUGAAAUAUUUCCCCAAAGAAUCAAAUUUUCUAAAUCCUGGAAGACUGCAUCUAUCCAUGAACAAAAAACCUGUUUUGGUUUUCCGUUUUCUACAAAAGACACGAGUACUUCUCUCCCUGCUGGAAGAGCACGCGGGUCCCACCUCAGCUUCGAAUAACCUCUGGCUAACUUUCCGUUAUAUCCGUGUCGAGGGAACUGGUCAACAGUGCGUCAACACGGAAGCGCAGAGAGAUGCGUGCACUGGGCCUGUAUUUCCGUGUUCGAGACCAGACCACACACUAGAAAGUGAAGGAACGACGACGUUUCGGUCCGUCCAUUCUCAAGUCGAUUUUGACAAUCGACUUGAGAAUGGUCCA